GAUUCACCCUCUUUCUGCUCAGCCAAUAAAUAGCAGAGGAACCCUGCUCUCUGGCAGUCCCUCUCUUCAUUCAUCUGACACCAUGUGGAUCCAAGCCUCCACUCUGCUGCUCGCCUGCCUUCUCUGGCCAGCUGAAGCUCAGGAUGAAGGUGGCAGAAGGCAAAGCAUCUGGGAUAAUCCUAUCAAGUUCAAGACCAAGGCUAUGGACAAGUGCACUAUGAUAAUUACCGGCCAAGGAGAGGACACAAACCUGAGGGUGUCGUGCCAGGGGACAAGGCGUCCCUACUGGUGCGAUUAUGCCGGGAGACCUCACACCUGCAGCGCUUACAAUAAAAACCCAUUGCACUACUUUGUCCAGAUGAUGUGGACCCUGAGAAAGCUGCAGAAUGCUUGCCAAGGGGCACAACGGUUCAAACCUCACAUGUGCAGGAAGGCAAGUGAUGACUCUCAGAUGGUCUUAACUGCCAUCUCCUAUGGGUCACAGCCAGUGGCCUCUAGGAAUGGACCAAGAAGCUCAAAGCAGUCUGCAAGAGUUCAAACUCCACCUGCGUUUAGGUCUGGGUUUGUGAGAAAAGCAAUGAAAGCAAAUCGAGCAACUGAGAGAGUGAAGACCAGUCCACAAACAACAACACCUCCACCUGAGAGCACUCCCAAAAGAAUGGCUCGGCAGCACUGCUGGAGGUCCCUGAACAGCAUCUGCUCCUUUGUGAUUGGUUUGUUUCGGAAUUAGCCAGACAGAUUAUAAUUCUGAUUAAAGGACCCGCUGGAAAGGAACUCCAGAUCUGCAGACUGACCUGCAGCGUCCUCUUCAGGAAAACAACCAGAACUGCAGUGGGGUGCCUAAAAGUUCAUUUUUUUCCCCCCACUGCAUCACACCCAAACAAGCCUGGAAGAUGUUUGCAUUAAAAAUGUGUCUGAAAUGGCACAACUUUAAUUUAUGUUUAUCUUUUAUUAUACUAUUCUUUUGCACCAUUAUCUUGAACUAAUGCAUUGUUAAAAGAGAUCAGAUUUUAUUUUAGUCUAUAAAAAAUAUUUUUAGAACGUUUAAGUGACUGUGAUUUUUUUAAAUGUGAAAAAUAAACAUGUUUUUUAAUCUA